AAUGAAGUCGCGAAUAACUGGUUGCUAUUUCACUCGAAAGCAAAAACAACCCUGAAUGCGCCUUGACGUCGGCAACCGCGCUAUACAAACGGGCUCCACCUGUGCAUCGCGAUUGAAUGUGAACGAAUAUAUUACUCGUGAGCACCGUUAACGCCCGCCUGGAACAUCGGGUGAAGUGCGCAUUCAGUGAGCUCGGGGCCUCGCCCGGCGCCCGGAGCUAUGGACGCAGCGCUCCAAGAAGCCGCUUUUGAGGACGACGGGCCGCUGGUUAUCCAGCUGCACGCGGGCAGCUCGACAUCCUCCUCCUCAACCGUCUCCACGCCCACCAAUGUCAGCGAUGGGCCGGACUCGGAUGAUGACAGCGACUGGGGCAGCCUGUUUGAGGCCAUGCAGGGCGAUCUGGGUCAGGGCGGCUUUGCAGCACCCGCCGGCGCGGCAGCUGCCCACGCGGCUGCGGCGGGCUUUGGUGCUGCUGGCGGCGGCGGCGGUGCUGCCGCCGGAGGCAGCGGCGGCGCUGGGACUGGUGGCGGCGGCGGUAGAGCGCCCGCCGGCGCACAGCUUGCGCGCUCGCAGUCGGCGCAUCCGGCUUACGUGCAACACGGAGGUCUCAGCUCCCGACUGCGACCCACGUCAGCGCGCCUCGCUGCUGCGGGGUCCUGCGGGCUGAGCACUUUGAAGCUGGGGGAGCAGGACAGCUGCGGGGGCGGCGCGGGCCCGUCACGGGCUGGCGGCGGCGGAGCCGGCAACUGCAUCAGCGGCACCGCCGCGCGCGGUACCCGCUCGUCAGAGGGAGGAGACGCAGCCGCCGCCGCUGGGGCGUCCUGGCGGCGGCGUGCGGCGUUCGUGGCGGGGAGCGUGAGCGUGUCGGCUUCGCAGCGCAGUCUGCAGCUGUCACCGAGGCCGGCAGCGCGCGACAUCCUCCUGCCGCGGCUGCCCGCCCCCGCCCUGGACUUGAUCGUGCCUGCACUGCCGCCCGCCACCCGCGCAGCGCUGAGGCUGUGCUGCCGGCAGCUGCGGGCCCUGGUGGACGCACACACGCAGUCGCUCACGCUGCGGCCGGACCGCGGCGCCGCGGACGCGCUGAACCGCCGCGGAGCCAAGGCCUACCAGGUGUUCCCGGCGCUGCGCCACGUGACGCUGGUGCUGGCGGGCUCCCACAGCGGCGCGGCAGGACCCGCAACCGCAACCGCAACCGCCCGCGGCGGCACCGCCGCCGCCGGGGCAGCAGCCGCACAGGGGCAACAACAAGAUGGGGCCGCCCGCCGCCUGAGCCGCGCCGCCUCGGCCGGGAGAGCAGGGGCCAGUCAGGCGGGCCCGCGGCUGCAGGCGUCGCCGCUGCUGCCUCUGUCGGGCUGGCUGGUGGUGUGCGGCACGGCCCAGUGCCUGACCAGCCUGACGCUGCAUGUGGGUGAGGUGGCGCUGCUGGAGGACCUGGCCAUCAGCGUCACACACCCGCACCUGCAGAGGUUGGAUCUGAGCAUAGGGCGCAGCGGCAUGGCGCACGCCACACCGCCCGUGGUGCAGUUCAUGGUGGGUGUGCUGCAGGGCCUGCGCCACCUGCGUGUGGCCUGGGCCGGCCCCGCCGCCGACGCCGCCGCCACCUCCUCGCUGGCGCACGGCCCGCGGCGGCUGUUCCUGGAUGGCCGGCCGCGGCUAGGGCCGCUGCUGCUGGCGGCGCUGUCGGACCUGCCGCAGCUGUCCAGCCUGGAGCUGCAGGGCUUCAUCAUCGACACGGAGGGUAACGCGGUGCUGGCCCGGCACUGGCCGCUGCUGGCGCCGCGGCUGACGCGGCUGGUGCUGCGCGGGCUGCACCUAAUGGUGCCCACAGACAUGGCGCAGGGCGAGCAGCUGGGCGAGCUGGUGGGCUCGUGCAGCGGCGGGCUGCGGGACUUGCACGUGGACCUGUGCCUGCCCGCCGCCCCGGGCAUGAUGCCUGGCGGCGGCGGCGGCGCGGCGGCGGCGGCGGUGCUGCUCAGCCUUAUGUACGCGGCCCGGGAUGUCAAGGCCGUGAAGCUGGAGCUGCUGCCCACUUCCCUGACGCGGCUGAGCCUGCCGGGCGUGUCGGUCCUCAGCCGGGAGGGGCUGGAGGCGCUGGGGCGGCUGCGGCGACUGGCGGUGCUGGAGGUGGCGGGGCUGGCGGCGGGGGCCGGCGAGUUCCUGCCGGCAUUGCAGGAGCUGCGGCUCAGUGAGUGCAGCUGGCGCCAAGUGCUGGACAUGCUGCCAUGGCGGCCGCCGGCGGCGGCAGCGGCGCGGGCAGCAUCAAUGCCACCCUCGCCAGGCGGCGGCGCGGAUGCAGCUGCCUUCGCACCCGCCACCGCUCCAGCCGCAGAGGGAGGGGCAGGGGCAGGCGCUGGUGCAGAAGGCGCCGUGCCCGCAGCCGCGGCGGCGGCAGCCCCGCUGCUGCCGCCUGGCGGACCAGCACCAGCACUGGCGGCAGCUGGGCCACGGCACGCGCCCCCGGCUCCCCUGCUGCUACCGGGCCACCACGACGCAGCUGCAGCUGUAGCCGCCGCCGGCGGAGCGGGCCAGCCGCCGGGGUCGGCACAGCCGUCGCCGCGGCAAGCCGCCGACAGCGCGGCGUCUCUGGGGGUGGCCAGUCCGCGCACGCCGGCGUCAGCUGCCGACGCGGCGCGCAGCCCAGCGGGCAGUCCGGGCGGCGGACUGCUGCCUGCUGCGGGGCUGCAGCUGCUGGAGGUGGUGUGUGCGGAGCGACUGGACGACUGGCACGCGCCGGACGGCACGCUGUUGGCGCGGGUGGCGCGGGGGCUGCUGCCGCUGGUGGACGCCGGAUGCCGCGUGCAGCUCAGGGUCGCGCCCGACGCACAGCCGCACAUUUGGAACGAGAGCGACGUGGACGGCAAGCCCUGGGAGCCGGCGGCGGUGUGGCGGCACAUCAAGGCGGCACAGAACAUGCGGCGGCUGCAGGCGGAGACGUCAGCCCUGGCGGAGCGGCUGGCGCGUGGCAGGCUGCUGCAGGCGCAACGGAGGCGUGACAAGGAGCACUUCUUCGUGGACCGAUAACCCGCGCACGGACCCGUCCAGGGGGGUGGUUGGUCCGGUUGUCCGCUGGCCCACCGCACAGCUGAAAGUUGCUGGCUUUAUUGUCGACGGGACGACGGCUCGUGGAUCACAGCACCCGAGCGUUCAGUUGGCUGCAGGUUGGGUGCCGAGCAGGUUGAGUAGUUGAGCGCCCCGUGUAUCCAGGCCGUGAUUGUACAGUUGUAUAGUGUAUUGUAGGGAGUAUAUACGGUUAAGUAGGCACGGCAUGAGUAGGCGGAUACAAAGUUUUGCUCACAUGUGGCACACGCUGUACACUUGCACGGAAUCAUGAAUUCUCCAGCAGGAUGUCCAAUCAGCUUUGAGAGCGCCGUCCGCUACUCCGCGGGCUAUGGCAUAUGUUUUAUGUAGCAGAAACUGCAGGAUGGCAAACAUGACUGGUGCAUUGGUGCGUCGCAUGGGACGCGCUGAUUUGAGUGCGCUGUGUGCGGUGCGCAGCGCUGGGGUCCAGAGUCUAGAGUCCAGACGCCCAGAGGUUAUGAGUCAUGUGCCUCAGCAACGCGCGUGUGCCAAUGGCGUGACGACGGCUGUGCGGAGCAGGGCAGGAGGGGCAGGUGCAGUCCCGAGGAGGAUGUGCCCCAAACGGGUUACAAGGUGUACAUGUUGAAUACACGUGAUUUCAAAUACUUGUUGGGUCUGCCAAUUUCGUAUGACAUACCGUAGUGUUGCUCAUGUCGCGAUGGCGACUGCGCACGGCAAGGCGCGAUGUGUGUGCGCUAGUAGUAAUCACUGCUUGUGAUGCGGGCCAUACCCUACUCAUGGGCCUUGCUCCGGUUGCGGGCACAGUGUAAUCAACCCCUAAAGC